UAAAUAAAAUAGAAAUAUAGACGUCCAAUCAAAAAUUAGAAUGACAGGGAUUAUUUUAAGUGAGUUGGGAUGACAUAUUGUAAUCGUCAUUUCCGGUAAAUCCUUCUUUACUGGCACUCGCGCCCCCGCCGUGUUAAUUACGGAAGUGGGCCAAUUAAGCGAGUAAUAGGUUCAGUCUGUUCAAACCUCUGCUGUCCUUUCAGCAGCCAUGAAGCUCGCAGUUGUUGUUCUUGUCCUCCUCUGCAACAGCUGGAGAUGUUUAGGCUCGUCUCACCAUCAAGCGUCAUGUCACUAUCCUCCAUCCCAGUGGUGUCGCUCUUUGGAGAUUGCUAUCGAGUGUAAGGUACAGAAGCAAUGCAUGGAACUAAGUGCUAUACGUCCUAAAGAGGCGGUUCCUCGGGUGUCUCUCACGUUGUACUAUGAGAGUCUGUGUCCGGCCUGUAGAGUCUUCCUCACUCAGCAGCUUUUCCCCACCUGGACCAUGCUGCAGGACAUCAUGCAGGUCACACUAGUACCGUAUGGAAAUGCCAAGGAGCUGUUAACAGGCAACACUACCUUCACCUGCCAGCAUGGACAGCCGGAAUGCCGCGGAAAUAUGAUUGAGACCUGCAUUCUGCACUUGUCGGACCACGCAGCUUUCCAGACCAUCUUCUGCAUGGAAUCGGCUGCCGAUGUUCUCAGCGCAGCGCAGCCAUGCCUUCACAUGCACGCUCCCUCUGUCUCCUGGGCCACUGUGGACUUCUGCGUGAGGGGAGGUCUCGGCCGCAAACUGAUGCACGCCAACGCUGCCAUGACCAGAGCGCUAAGCCCCGCCCACACGCAUGUCCCGUGGGUCACCUUCAAUGGGGAAUACAAGGAAGAUCAUGAAGACCAGGCCAUGACCUCGCUCUUCCAUUUGGUCUGCCAACUGUACAAGGGGGUGAAGCCUCCCGCCUGCACCGGAGCAGCGGUCAGACUCAACAGAGGCUUCUGCUAGAAAGGCCGCCAGUGGGUGAAGCCCUUUGGAACACGUUAAAAAGAGCCGAGUGACAGAAAUGGUAAAGUGCUACUGCGGACUGGAGGCACCCUGAUAAGGAUCAAAAAAAUGCUUUUCAAGCACAUAAACACAAGACAAGACCAGCAAAUGUACAAGGAAGAAGUGAUAAAACACAUACGUUUGAAACAAGGACGCCAUUUAAAUAAA